UUGGCUUUUCUUGUAUGUCUUUCUCUCUUUCUGUUUUUCGGGUUUCUUCGAAUUUGGGAAUCAAUCGAAGAAAAGAGACAUUUUUGCACUUUGCCUCUGCAGGGUUAACUCUUUCGAUCAAGGCACCAAGAGAAGAGAAGCUGAUAGAAAAUCCACUGGUGAUGCUAAAGGAAAAAGAGAAAUUUGAAGAGACUUUAAACUCAAACGGGAGUUCUUCGAAUUCUUCAGAGGUUCCUAGGUUAGCUUAUCUGAUCUCAGGUGCUAAAGGAGAUAGCCACAUGAUGAUGAGGACUUUGCAAGCUGUGUACCAUCCAAGAAACCAAUAUGUUCUCCAUUUAGACCUCGAAGCUCCACCUAAGGAGAGGCUGGAGCUUGCAAUGUCUGUGAAGAGUGAUCCUACUUUCCGUGAAGUUGCAAACGUCCGUGUUAUGUCACAGUCUAAUCUCGUUGCCUAUAAAGGCCCUACAAUGAUCGCUUGUACGCUUCAAGUUGUGGCGGUUUUGCUUAAGGAGAGCUUGGAUUGGGAUUGGUUCAUCAACCUUAGUGCAUCAGAUUAUCCUCUCGUGACACAAGAUGAUUUGUUGUAUGUCUUCUCCAAGUUGUCUCUAAAUGUUAACUUCAUUGAACAUAUGAAGCUCACCGGAAUGUUAAAUUCAUGAUAUAAAUUUGUAUUUCUAUUUUU